UCGCAUUUCCCACCAUGGCUGCGUCUGCUGACGAUUCGGACCACAACAUGUCGCACACGCCCGAGCCGGGCUCAUACUCGGACAACGACGCCACAGGUGCGUCGUCGGAUCCGGACGGUGAGCGGUCGGACUCGUCGGAUGAUGACGGCCCUUCGUCGGAGCGUGCAUCGCGGACGGGGCACAACACAGCGGCACCGUCGUUGGCAGAUCUUGAGGCGGACGACUCGGAUGCUGCGCUGCUGGCCGCCAUCCGCAUGCCGGAGAUCAACGAUGGCGAGGAGCUUCGGUCGGGCUUUUACACGGUCAACCCGUUCCUGCCCGAGUACUCGCCCGAGGGCGACGCGCAACUGAUGGCGCAGGCGCUGGGCCUUGUCAAAGGCAAGAAGAAGAACGAGCUGCUGCUGGUGGAUCUGCUGACGACACGCGAGCCGGACCAGGUGCAGGCGGCGCGCGCGGUGUUCAACGCGAGCAACAAGCACCCGCUGGCAAAGAUGGUGAAGAAGAAGACGCGGUCGUCGUUCAAGCGGCUGAUGUGCGGACUGGUUCUCUCACCGGCCGAGUAUGAUGCGCAGCAGAUCAUGUCGUCGGUCUCGGGCGUGGGGACCAAGGAGAGUGUGCUCAUCGACAUUCUGACGACGCGCUCGAACGCGCAGAUCGAGGCCAUCAACCAGGAGCUGCUGCGGACGGUUUCCAAGGACCUGGUGCGGGUGAUCAAGGGCGCGACCGGCGGCAAGUUCAAGAAGAUCGUGGCCAAGCUUGCCGAGGGCAACCGCGAGGAGUUCCACGAUCUCAAUCCCGACCUUGUUCAUAGCGACGCACUUGCCAUUUUCGACGCGAUUGAGAAAAAGUCAGGCUGCGACGAGAAGGCGCUGGUCGGCAUUUUUGCCGUCCGGCCGGCCCACCACCUCAAGGCUGUUGUCCGCCACUACCGCAAGGUGACGCAGCUUGUCCACCGUCGUGGGCAGUCGGCUACCCACCACUUUGACAUGCUGUUGGAGAAGAAGACGUCGGGCGACUUUCGGCGGACGAUCAAGGCGCUCAUUGCGCCUGAGGAGUACCUCGCCGAGUGCGUGCGGAACGCGGUCAAGGGACUGGGGACAGAUGACUCGCUGCUGCGGCGCACCAUGCUCGGAGCGCGGCUGACGCCGCUGCGGCUGCACCUAGCCAAGCACGCGUACUUCCGGCUUUUCAAGCGGGCGUUGGUCAAGGACAUCGAGGACGACACCCGUGGCAACUACCGGCGGGCGUACCGUCGUAUCGCGGCUACCCACACCGGCAACAUGCUAGCAGUCAAGCUCCGCGAGGCGAUGCACCACUCGUUCCGCGGUAUCGGCGCAAGCAAGGCCAAGAUCACGCACGUCCUCACCGAGGCGGCUGUCAACGCUCGCGAGCGGGCCGACGUCGCCGACGCGUACGUCCUCGACUACGGGCGCAAGCUCUCCAAGUCGCUCAAGUCGUCACUCUCCAAGCAUCACGCCCGGUUCCUCAUCACACUCUCAACCCGGCGGGCGGCCGUCGACGCCGAGACCGUGAAAAAGUGCAAGAAAGCACAGCUCAUCGACAUCUUUACCACCAGGCGAAGCGUGGAGCUGAAGCGACUCGCGGAGGAGUUUGAGCGGAUGUACACCAAGCCGCUGGAGGAGUUCCUCACCAAAAAGCUGUCGGGCAAGUUCCGCAAGGUCAUUCUCAACCUGCUUGACGCCAAGCGUACUGUCGGGCUCACCAUUUCUGAGGCCAAGGCCGACGAGCUUGCGCAGCAGCUUUACGGUGCUGGCGAGAAGAAGUGGGGGACCAACACCGACGUGUUUGUCAACAUCAUGGCGCGGCACUCACCGCAGGAUCUGACCGCCGUCGAUCUUGCGUACGAGCGCCUGCGCCAGAAGCGGCUGACGGUGGCCAUCAAGAAGGAGUUCUCUGGCGACACUCGCAAGCUGCUCAUGGCGUGCGUCGACCCGAUUAACUACACCUGCGACCGGCUGAUGGCGUCGAUGAAGGGCCUCGGGACCGACGACCGCGAGCUCGUGCGCCUGCUUGCACACCGGCCCAAGGCCGAGAUCGAGGCCAUCAAGGCCGCGUUUGAGGUCAAGUUUAAGAAGUCGCUCGCGCGCUGGAUCAAGGGCGACACCUCGGGCUACUACCGCAAGGCUCUGCUCUCGUACAUUGCCGACAUUUCUCUUGCGCCGGUCGACAAGGACGCCGACGACGACGAGGACAACGAGGCCACCGGCUCUGGCGACGGCCUCGGCGGCGAAGACGAUGGUGACGACGACUGGGAAGGCAACCCCGACCGCCCGCCACCGACCUUCCACGACGACUACGACGACGGCGCGUCGUCGUCGGCCACGCCGAUGCGCCCGCCGCCGGCCUUCUAGCACCAUUGAAGCUGCCACUCAUCCACGCCAGGCUCAUGUCACCUUGGCUGCCGUAUCGUGCCGCAGGUCGUGAACAGGCGCCGCCAUGUACACCGCCAGCUCGAGGCAGGCGUAGACCGGGAGAACAACAACAAAGAACGCGCGGAAGCA